UUCAUCUCUCCCAACCCAAGUAAUUUCUUAUCGUCAACAAAGUGCGGUGUGCUCCAACAGUACAUGUGGAUAACAAUUUUCCAGUUUUUCUAAUUUUCUGUCAAUAUAUGUAUUUUCUCCAUCAGCUACAAUAGUUCCUUACACACUGCUGACAUGAAACCGAUCAUCCUGCAAGGACAUGAACGUUCAAUCACCAAAAUUGUUUACAACAGAGAAGGCGACCUUCUCUUCUCAUCUGCCAAGGAUAAAACUAUUAACGUAUGGUUUUCAUUGAAUGGAGAAAGGCUCGGAACUUUUGAUGGACACAAUGGUGCUGUCUGGGGCAUUGAUGUGGAUUGGCAGACGACAAAACUAGUUUCUGGCGGUGCUGAUAACACCAUCAGGCUGUGGGAUUGUUUAACUGGUGUUGAACUAGGAUGUCUUAGCACACAAUCAGCCGUCAGGACGAGCAAAUUUAGUUACUCUGGUACAUCAAUUGCCUACUCAACAGACGCAGCACUGAAACAGAAUUGUGAAAUUUUCCUCGGUGAUGUUCGUGGAGAUAAUCUGAGAAACCCAUACAUGACUCUUCCAGUCCGAGACUCAAAAGUAACUGCAUUGCUGUGGGGUGAGGUAGAUGAACUUUUAAUUGCUGGAUUUGAAAAUGGAGAAAUCUCUCAAUGGGAUUUAAGAAUGGCCAAAGAAGUUAACAACAUCUGCGAACAUAAUAACUCAAUCAAUGACAUGCAAACAAGCAAAGAUGGAACACUUUUUGUCACUGCAUCAAAGGAUAACACGGCCAAAUUGUUCGAUAUCGAUACUCUGGAAUGUCUCAAGUGUUAUAAAACGGAACGUCCUGUCAACAGUGCAGCUUUAUCUCCAGUCUAUGAGCACGUGGUGUUAGGAGGAGGUCAAGAAGCCAGGGAUGUAACAACGACUUCAACCCGUGCUGGUAAAUUCGAUGCUCGGUUCUUCCAUCUGAUUUUCGAAGAGGAAUUUGGUCGCGUCAAAGGUCAUUUCGGUCCCAUCAACUCUUUAGCAUUCCAUCCUGACGGCAAAAGUUUCAGCAGUGGAGGAGAAGACGGUUUUGUUCGUGUUCACACAUUUGAUCAAUCCUAUCUAGAUUACCGUUUUGACGUUGGAAGUUAAGUUUGUUAUCAAUGCACAGAUCAUAUUCUAAGAGAGAAAAGGUGUCAUGAUAAUUAUCACACAUUUUUCUUUUUUAUACAAUUUACAGUUGUUUUGUACAAAUUACAAGUUUGAAUUUUUUGUAAAAUUCAUUUACUUGGUCCUAUUUUUUACUCAUAUUAAAAAAUUGGUCAAGACUCCAAAACUAAAA